AAAGCCGAAGUGAAAGCAGCGGAGAUCAUUUGACAUUUUGACGAUUACAACUAUUCUGGAAGUAAUGUCUGCCAAGUCUACCUCAGCUAACUUGCCAGAAGCCGAACAUUCCGGACUAUUGAAGUUUCUCUCUGCUGCGUUCUACGCCGUCAGUUCAUUCUUGAUCAUUGUUGUGAACAAAACGAUUCUCACAAACUACAGAUUUCCCUCGUACAUGUUUCUAGGAAUUGGUCAGAUGGCCACUACAAUCAUCAUUCUCUAUGCUGCUAAAAUGAACCAAACAGUUCACUUUCAAGACUUUGACAGAAGUAUUUUCAUAAAAAUCUUCCCUCUACCUCUGCUGUAUGUUGGAAACCACAUAACAGGACUGGCGAGUACAAAGAAGUUAAGCUUACCCAUGUUCACAGUACUAAGGAAGUUCACCAUAUUGAUGACAAUGAUCAUGGAAGCAAGGAUAUUGAAAAAAUGUUACCCUAACCGUCUGAUCUACAGUGUUUUGGCCAUCGUUUUUGGAGCUUUGGUGGCUGCAAGCUCUGACUUGGCCUUUGAUGCAGAGGGCUACAUGUUCAUUCUGCUUAAUGAUGUCUUCACUGCUGCCAGUGGUGUGUACACCAAGAAGAAACUGGAAACUGAGGGUCUUGGAAAAUAUGGAAUCUUAUUUUACAAUGCAUUCAUCAUUUUCAUUCCAACUCUUUUGGCGAGUGCAUUCACUGGGGAUUUACACAAGGCCAUCACGUAUGAACAGUGGUUGAACACCCACUUUGUUUCUUGCUUCCUUAUGUCCUGCAUCAUGGGGUUUGUGCUGAUGUAUUCCAUAGUGCUGUGUAGCCACUACAACUCAGCACUCACCACCACAGUGGUGGGAGCAAUUAAGAAUGUUGCUGUGGCCUACAUCGGUAUGUUUUUAGGUGGAGAUUACCUGUUUUCAUGGACAAACUUCCUAGGGUUGAAUAUUUGUAUGUCAGGGGGACUUGUGUAUUCCUACCUGACGUUCCACGGCAGCAGCAAACCAUCCCAAUGCAAUGGAAGCAAAACACAGACAAACCAGGAUCAGCUAAAGAUUCCCAUUAUGGAAGAUUCCACAGACCGACUCCUUGUGAAAUAAGUUAUCUUUAUUUAACCGUUAUUUUAUCAGGGAGUCCCAUUGAGACCAAGGCCUCUUUUUCAAGGGAGCACUGCCUGAACACAAUGUAUAAGUGAAUACACCUGUGAUGCAUCUGGUCAUAGUUUUAUUUUUCUGGACUGUAAGCACAACCCUUUGUAACUGCUCCAUAUUGGAGCAAAAGUUCUUACAUUUUGUAUGUUUUAAUGUAUCUUUUAUGAUGAAUUAUAAUCAUAUUUUUGACAAAUGUUUUAUUAUUUGUGUUGCAAGUUGAAACCUGUAAUUUAAUUGUGUCAUCAAGACAAGUGUUACUAUACAUGCAUAUUACUACAUGUGUAAAUAGCAAUGGCCACUUGUGGUUAUUAAGCACCUCUUGAAAAUGUGUGAGACAGAGACUGUAGUGUAUUGAGCUGUAUGUUCAAGGACAACUGAACUGCAGUGUAGUGAUGAUGCAGCCCUUAUCAAUCAUUAGCAUAGCAAUAAACUAGAAGGAAUUAAACUGGCUCUUGGAUCAUGA